UCCAUUGCGGUUGUUAGGAGAAAUGUUGAAUAUUUAUUGUUGUGUUGUAAUUUUGAUUGCGAAACAAAGUUAAUGCACCGCAAAUAUAUUUUUGCAGAGGUAGUAAUCUUACUACUAUUAUCACAUGUCGGAUGGAAUGGACCUUCAACUACCACAAUUUCAUGUUCAAGAGAAAAAUCACGAAUUGUACGCAAUAUAAUACAAAAGAAAGUACUUCCUGUUCUCAGUAAGUACAGAGUAUCACUACCAUUAGACUGUCCAUUCCACAAACAACGAGAUGUAUUUUGGUGGCCUGAUGAGAUCACUGAUUCAGAACACAAUGAAUGGACAUGUCCAGCCUGUGGUCAGAAGUUCCACUGUGAGGAAAGAUUGGCCUCCCACUGGGAUGACACUCAUGUUACAGUCCCUGACAAGGCAUAUGUUCAGACAGAAGAUGCAGUGUGUUUGUCUGACUUCUGUGACAUAAUGAGGUGUGGCGUCAUGGAGUUUCGGUUGCUUAAAAGAGGAUGGUUACAGAAACUUGUCCCUACUAAAGAGCUUUCCACAUCUUCAAGUAAAACAGAGGAUUCAUCAAGUUCUAAGAUAAAGAAGCAUCAUAAAAGAGAUUGCAAUGAGAAACACAUGGAAACCCUUCAACAUAAAUGUAGGGCAGUAAUUCGUCAGUGCAUUGUGGGACUGUUAGCAACUCUGAGCUUGAAAGAUUUUCAGGAUAUUGAAGAGGAUCUCAACAAAGCUGUGUGUUUUUACCUUUCUUGUGAGAACUUGUGGGAUGACUCACUUCAGCAGGGUGGCCACAUCCUUCUGCUGUUUUGCAUCAUCGUAGGAAUUAUUUUGGUUGGUGGCUUCUGUCUGUGUUAUUAUAUUGUAUGGAUUCUUUUUGAUUCUCCUCCAGCUGAAGAAAUGUAUUACAAUGGUCUUUUGUUUGGACCUCAAAGAGUUGCUAGUCAGACUAGUGAUGCUGGUGAUGUGCCGUAUCAACACUACCGCUAUCAUCGUAUCCCUAAUGAUGUCAGAUCUUCAAGAGAUGCAGAAGAUAGGAAUAACCACUGGCUGCCUCAGCAUUGAGUAGUUACUCCUGGCAAUAAACGUUAAUAUGUAAAGUUGAGAGAAGUGUAUAACAGAGAGUAUGGUGUGAUUAUCCUGUAUUUGUAAGAAAAUAUUACAUUUUGUCCAUGCCUAAUAUUGCAUGGAUUUACCACAUAUAGUGAAGCUGGUUCUUUGUCCAAGAACAGCUGAGAAAGAUGCUAUUGUCCAUUGUAUAUAAUGGCAUUUAAUGCUUCGGAAAGGUUGAUGUAAAUCAGAUUUUUCUGUGUAUCAUUUUGAAAUUACUGUAGCUUGUAAGAUGCCAUAUUUUUAUUGUUUUCAUCUUUUAAUUAUCA